UGUGCACGUGAGCGGAGGGCCUCACAGACUCUCGUUUGUCCUGGCCUCAUAAGAAAUGUACCCUAAAUGACAACUAUAGAGUCAUUUGCAACCUUGCUUUGCAUUCUUAUAUUUUCAGUAUUAACCAUUUCAUCUCUAAAUAUGCGUGCAGCUCAUUUCCAACCUGGUGGCCCUGAACUUCUGGGAAUAGAGGAAACUGACAUUCCAACAUUAAAACGAGCAGAAGUGUUGAUAAGGGUUGUGUGUACAGCAAUCAAUAGGGCAGAUACGCUGCAGCGUAAAGGUGGUUACCCUCCUCCCCCCGGGGCUAGUGAGAUCCUGGGCUUGGAGGCCGCAGGCAUGAUUCACCAACUAGGACCAGACUGCAUGGCCGGGUGGAAGGUCGGGGACAGAGUUAUGGCUCUCCUACCAGGGGGUGGUAAUGCUGAGUAUGUGGCUGCCCAUGAAGACCAGUUGAUUGCAAUUCCAUCUGGGAUGAGUUUUGACACAGCAGCUGCUAUACCUGAAACCUGGCUUACGGCUUUUCAACUUCUACAUACAAUAGGUAAAGUGCAGGCUGGCGAUUGGGUGCUGAUCCAUGCAGGAGGCAGUGGUGUGGGCACAGCAGCCAUACAGCUGUCCCUAUUGGCUGGAGCUAAACCAAUCGUAACUGCUGGUUCUCAGGCAAAGAUAGAGACUGCUAAAUCCCUGGGUGCUGUGGCAGGAUUCAACUACAAAGAGGGAGACUUCAGUGAGAAAGUAACACAGGCCACAGGGGGUUCUGGGGCAAACUUGAUACUGGACUGUGUGGUGCGGUCUUUCUGGGAACAAAAUGUCAAGUUAAUAGCUGUGGAUGGUAGAUGGGUAUCUUAUGGAUUAUUGGGUGGCCCAAAAGUGGAGGGAAAUUUACUGGGUUUUAUCCUGAGGAAAAGAAUUCAACUUGAUUGGAACAACACUGCGUGCUCGUCAAAUGAGGUGUUCUGUUCACCUGAGAAACAUCUCCAGGAGUGGCGGAAUAGCAUGCACAUGGUAGCACACCUCCAAGGAGACUGGACACACUUGGAGGUGUAG